CCAAAUACAGCACACUGACCCACCACAAUAAUUGGAAAAGACUUCGCUUUAAGAGCGACUGUGACAGGUCACUACACAGCCAUGAAGAUGGGGAACUUGUCUUGGGUCAAAGUCAUGUGAUGCUCCGUAAUCCACAGAUAGCAGGUCAGGAACGUUCACACUUAAUUGCUCUUUUAAUUCACAAUUCAAAGAGAGCACAGCGGGGAAACUCAUACUUUGUUGUCUUUGUAGCAGAAUCUUCAACAGUCAUGGGGACUGGGAAACAAACGAGGAGAACCUGAGGUUGGAAGCAGAAGGCAGAUCAAACAGCCACAGAAACAGGCAAACUUGAUCUGGCAGAACUCCUGGUCUUGGACGGAAAAUGGAGUGGAAUGGAAUCACAAGUGCUACAGUUAAGACUUCAGCAGAGGAGGAAACGAGAGCAGCUGGCAGACCAAGGCAUCAUGCCUCACUCAGCCUCAGUCGGCUCCUCACUGGAGGACCAGGCGAGGUUAAAGCGAGGCCGCCUCGCAGAGGAACUCAAUGAGAAGCUGGCUCUCAGGCCUGGGCCUAUGGAGCUCGUCCAAAAGAAUAUCAUUCCUCUAGACUCUGCCCUCACCAUGACAGUGAACCAUGGCAAGUUCCCCAAGCAGGAGGACUCGUAUGCCUUUGAGGAAGACAGCAGCAGUGAGAGUUUGUCUCCUGAACAGCAUCACAGCGACGAGUCUCAGGGCUCAGCCUGCCCUUCUUCAUCUGAGGUGGUCGGCAGUGUGCCCUCCUCCUCUUCCUCACCUGCACUCUCCAGCACACAGCAGGAGGGCAUAACCAGGGACCCGUGUGACCAAAGCCAGGAUGAAGGACUGUCUAGAGUUAGCAAUUACCAUGCUACCCCCCCAAUACCAGUACCUGCUAUUGUCAAGUCCAAGACAUCGGACAAGAACCGCCAUAAGAAGCCCAAAGACGUGAAGCCCAAAGUGAAAAAACUCAAAUACCACCAGUACAUACCGCCAGACCAGAAGGCUGAUAAGUCGCCUCCACCUAUGGACUCGGCAUACGCCAGACUCCUCCAGCAGCAGCAACUCUUCCUUCAGCUGCAGAUCCUCAGCCAACAGAAACACGCCCACACUCAUUCGCAGUCUGAGCAGCACACACACACUGGACAGAUGCAGGGGCAGGCUCAGCAGCGACAGCCUGCCUUCAGUUACCAGCCACACCAACAGGCACAGAUGCAGAAAGGAUCCAGUGAGCAACUGUCAGUUUGUACCCCCAGCGGUCCGUCCAACACAGGAGAAAGCAACACUUCCUCACCAAUCAAGACCACGUAUCCUAACCAAAACAGCAUCUCCCCAGUAAAACCUGGGCCCCUGCCAGCCAAUCUCGAUGACCUUAAAGUAUCAGAGCUCCGGCAGCAUCUUCGUAUCCGUGGAUUGCCUGUGUCAGGUACCAAGACGGCCCUCAUUGAGCGACUCCGGCCCUUCAAGGACUCCAAUUCCGGCCGAUCCCCAUCAGGCUCCUCUGAUAUCACCACAGUGACCUUCCCCGUUACUCCGACAGGCUCGCUGUCUUCUUACCAGUCUCCAUCCUCUUCCAGCACUCUGUCCCAGAGAGGCUAUUACCCUUAUCCCAGCACCUCUUCGACCCCACCAAUCUCACCAGCAUCCUCUGAAAAUUCCCUCAAUGGCUCACUCCCAGACAGCUUCAGCGAUGUGCCUAUGUCCUCUCCGCCACAGUUCGCCCUGCAGGCAUCUCCUGGCCAGCUCGGCGUGGAUGAUGGCUUGGGAGGGGGUGGAUCACGAGCAGGGGAGGGUGGAAGAAUGGAAGGCAUGGAUGCAGAAAAAGACAAAAUGCUGGUUGAAAAACAAAAGGUGAUUGAAGAGCUGACAUGGAAGCUACACCAGGAACAAAGACAGGUUGAGGAGCUAAAGAUGCAGCUUCACAAGAGAAAGCGCUGCUAUGGAGCAGCACAAGGCACCAUCACUCCAGCUCAGUCCCACAAUUUGUCCAUGCACAAUCAGACACCAGCCUUGAUGGGUCACCACCCCUACGAGAUGAACAUCAAACAAGAGCCGAUGUCAUUGUCUUCAAGCUGCCCACUCUCCUCUCCCAAACAUAUCAAGAGCUCCCCAGGGAACUGCAUGGAGGACAUGGGACACUGCAACACCAUGCUCCCCAAUAUGGGGGGCGAUUGUGGGCCACAAUGUAUGAACUCUGCCCCUUCCUCAGGCAGCCCAUCCACCAUAACUGCUUUCCUCAGUCCGCAGUGCUCACCACAGGACUCACCCAUCGGAAAGCCUUCCGGAAGCCCCCAGCCGUUGUCUCCUAGCAACCCUUACAUGAUAUCACCUCCCGUGGGGAGGGACGGCUGCGCUCACCCCACGUCCCACUGCAGUACCAGAGGAUGCAUUAUGCAGGUACCUCAUAAGAGCGGUUCUCAGCUCGUCAACUGUUCUUAUCCGACAGACCAAAGAGGCCUUCAGGGAGUUUAUUCCAAUACAUCCGAUUAUUCCUUCAAUUACAAUGGCUCAGCCAAGCCUGGCAACCCAAAUAUGCAACCAAAGCAAUUGAUCAGAAGUCAGCAGAUGGAUGAACUUUUGGAUGUCCUCAUAGAAAGUGGAGAGAUGCCAGCUAACGCCAGAGAAGAGAGGGAGAGGUCCUCUGUAACCAAAGUCUUGCCUCACAUUACUGUGUUCCCAGGGUACCCCAGCCUACUCGUCCCAAGGCUCCACCGCCACUACGAACACCAGUCGCCCACACAGCUUCAUUACGACCACCUGGAGACUCUGCUGGGCCCAAUGAGCAGGGGAGGGGAGGCAACCUCUCUUAAGAUGGCCACAGAUGACGGGCACCAAGAAGACGACGGAAAUCGAGAUAGCGAAGGAUACAGCAGCCCCCACAACCACCAGCGCAACCCUCACCAUCCCCAACAGGACAAAGUUGGGACCAACAGAGAUCUGCCGGACACACCUCUUUCACCCCUCAACAAGGUGUCUCCUUUCCCGGAAGUGCAGGGGAUGGUCAGUAUGGCUUUCAGUGAAACCCCAUGGGAGACAAUGGAGUGGUUGGACCUUACUCCACCAACCUCAACCGCCGCCUUCAAUGUCCCAACAUCCAUUGUGCCCAGCAUUUUUAACGCAGAGUUCUUGGAUGUCAGUGACAUUAACUUAAACUCUGCUAUGGACCUUCAUCUGGAGCACUGGUGAACACAGACAGAUCGACAAGCCAAAGCUAACACACCAGCUUGUAAUUUAACUGUACACAUCACAUGAAUCAACUACAGCAUUAGCUAAGAAAAUAAUGGAACUCAAAAGAGCCAAAGCCCUGCAAUCCUGAGUCAGACCAAUCCUGAUUCAACACCAAAAUAGACAACUUCGUCAAUAUACCUUAUGUUUAUGCAUGGGUUAAGAUCCAUUCAUCGGUAAAUGAAAAUGUUUAAAAAAAAAAAAAAAAAAAAAAAACAUUAUCUUGCUUUUUUUUUUUUUUUUUUUUUUUAAAUCUGUACCGUACUCAAGCAGCCAUGACUCCUACUGUGCUCCUGCGUGGUACGCUUUCUUGGCCUCAAUGCAGCUGGAACACAUGCUUGCUCAGAUGUGUUGUAUAAUAAAUGGGGAUCAUUUUGCCCUCCAGUUAUGAAUGAUAACUACCACCUUACUUAAUUAUAUAAAGGAGCCUUUGGAAGAAAAAAGUGUGCCAUAGACAUAAUAGAGCAAUAGAUUUAAGAGAGUAAAGUUCUCUAUCGAAACAUUGGCAGUGACAGUGGAAGAACUGUUUUUUGUUUUUUUUCCACACUGUUGUGUUUGUCUUCGGGGAAAUAUCACCAUUCACUCGGUAAAUAAAAAUUGAUUUAGAAAACCAGUAAACUGCCUUCUUGCAGUGUCAUAUCAAAUGUUAUGAUGAGUACGUAAACAUGCUUGGGACGGAUGAAUGUUCCACUGUGAGUGUGUGCCAGCGGGGGACAGGGGUAACGGUGGUUCAGAAUGGUACAGGACAAUCAACCCAGUGCAGUCUGACUUUAAAAUACUGUUUUUAUGUAUUAGUUUGCAUCAAAGGUUUCAAGUAAUCAGUUGUCAUCCCUGGAAUACAAAUCCCAGGGCCUUUUUGAUAGGCUGUGUGUGAACAAAAGCCAAAUUAAUAUGAAUUAAAUAUUCUACAAUUACAUUACAGGCAGCAUAAUGCUUUGUAAUACCAAUUUAUGAAAUGUUGAAAGUGUUACACCAUCGCUACGCCAAGGCUAAUUUUUACCACUAUUUUAAAGUUUUGGAGUUUGUGUUAAUAAUUUCAUCUUUGAAUGUAAAUAUGAACAAAACUCACUGUACACCUUUAGUUUAACUGAUACAGUAUUUGAUACACUUUGCUUUGUGAUAGACUAUUCAGUGAGUAUAAAAAGUCUACACACCCCUGUUCAAAUUGCCAUUUUCUUUUGUCAUAUUAUAAAACGAUACCACGAUAAAUAAUUUAAUAACCUUUUCCUCCAUUAAGGUAACCUCUACCCUUAAAAAAAACUAAAAAUAAGAAAGAAAAUAUAUGGGUUUUUUUCAAGAGGGAAGGAAAAUAAACUGAGAUAUGGUUUCAGAAGUGUGCACACCCUCUUAUCACAGAGGAUGUGGCUCUGUUCAGAAUCAAAUCAUGUUAAAUGAGAGUCAGCACAUACUCGCCAUCAUCGAAGUGCCUCUGAAUAAACCCAAAUAAAUUUCAUAUGUUGCAGUGGGCCGUUUCCUUACAUUUUCUCUCUUUGUAGUGGAAGCAUGAAGGUUUAGUGCUAACUGACUAAUGUAGACCCACAAACCGACUCCCAUUUAACAUGAGUUUGAAUACGAUUGGUUGAUUCAGAACAGAGCCACAUCCCAAGUUACUAGCGGGUGUGGACACUUAUGCAAUCACAUUAUCUGAGUUAAUCAUUUCCCCCCUCUUGAAAAUACUUUAAAAUUUAGUUGUACAGCUUAUUGGUCACAGUAACGGUGGAAAAAAAGUUUUGAAUUAUAUAGUUUUUUUUGCUUCACAAAAACCUUUAAACAGGGAUGUGUAGACCUUUUAUAUCCACAUGGGUAAAGAUGCCUGGCAUUCCUUUGAGGGACCCUUGUAGCACUUUUUUAAAACAGUUAUCCAUGGAGUGACAUUAUAUAUAUAUAAAAAUGUCUGAAAUUGUUGAACUAUGUAUUUUAAUCAGCAGAAAUUGUGCCUUUAUCAUCAUUUAUGCUUCCAUAAAAAACAAACGGCAGGUAAAUUUCAAUGUAAUCUCCAUUUUUUUAACAAAUACUUUUUUUCCCAAACAAAUGUUCACCCUUUACAACCCCAGGCCAGCCACAGUUAUUUAUUUUGUGUAAUAUUUGUGCUGUUUCAUGUAUUUAUACUUACAUUCCUAUGUAGAGAUUGCAGUUUGUUUUUGGAUUGAAUAGAAAACUCCAGUGCUGCCAUUUGACCACAGACGUUUGUCUUUGAAAAUGUGAUGCAAAGUGAAAUAACCACUUCAAAAUGAAUCAUCUUCUUAAAUCAUUUGCCAUCAUGAAUUGUCCAUUACUAGCACUUGUGAAUAAUAAAUGUAAUAUAUAAGUAUACCUGUAUACAGAUUUCGACUGUGAAUACUGCCUUUUAACUCACCACAGCUGGCCUUCACAAAAUAGGUGCCCUAAUAAGCAGUUCCACUUUGUUGCACAUGUAAAUACUUACACUUUUGAGAGUUCUUUGCUUAAUCUGCUCGAUGCAAGGCUACAUUCAUCACGGUGUUAAUAUGUUUUUCUUCAUUGUAAAUCCAGCCCCCCCCCCCAAAAAAAAAUAUAUAUAAAAGAAAACUUUCCAAAGAUUUGCAGUCCCUAGGCAAAAUAACUAUCUUGAAUAUAUGUACUCUAAACAACUGUAAAGUUGCAGUGUUUCCCAAAAUGUUAAACUAUUGCUUUCUUCCAUUUUGUUCUCAGUAAACAUUGAUCACCAAUGUAUUGUAACAUUGUUCACAGCUAUAUUUUGUAGCAUUGAACUUCACAAAGGCAUAGGUUAAGAAAAACAACUCAAACCUACAGGGAUACAAAUCAUAAGGCAGUUGAUCACAAAUACUGUGGGAUUCACAGAGUAAUUUAACACCAAUAUCAUAAUAGCCGGCACGGUGAGCGACUGGUUAGCACUUCUGCCUCACAGUUCUGGGGACCGGGGUUCAAAUCCCGGCCCUGCCUGUGUGGAGUUUGCAUGUUCUCCCCGUGCCCGGGUGGGUUUUCUCCGGGUUCUCCGGUUUCCUCCCAUAUCCCAAAAACACGCGUGCUAGGUUGAUUGGAGACUCUAAAUUGCCCAUAGGUGCAAAUUGUUGUUUCUUUCCCUGUGCCCUGCGAAUGGCUGACGACUGGUUCAGGGUGUACCUCGCCUCUCGCCCAAAGAUAGCUGGGAUAGGCUCCAGCAGCCCGCGACCCGCGUGAGGAGAAGCGGUAAAGGAAAUGGAUGGAUGGAUAUCACAAUACAGCUAUGGUGUCAAUUAAUAUAUUUGACAAACUCUCGGAAGUCUAUGUAAGUGAAGAGAACAAUUAUUAAUAAUCAAGCAGGGGGGGGAAAAAAAGUGUUUUUUAUUAUGUCCAAUUGCUGUUUUAAACUGUAAAUCAAUCAAUCAUCCCUGUAUACUUUACUUUUGUUUUAUGUUUAAGUCAACUUGUGCACAAUAUGUAAUAAAAUGUGUUUCCAUU